AAUGCGAUCGUUCAUCGAGGAGAAUGAAAAAAACGACCCUCUAAUUAAUGCCCCGGAUAAAAAGAACAAUCCGUGGGCUGAAAAAGGAAAAUGCGUUCUUAUGUAAUAUUAUCGCAAACCACAACAAUACCAUACAAACAUUCAUAAGUUUCCCAUUUACUACUAUAAUAACCACAAUGCUACUAAUAUUCGUAAUAACACCGUUAAGUAUAGCGAAAACAAAAGCAGAGAAUCAAAAAAAUUUAGAAAGAAAGCUAAGUCCCAACAAACAAGAGAACAGUUUCAAAAUGAAAGCAACAGCAGCAAUAAUAACAAUAAACCAAAUCGGCAGCAACCAAACAGCUGCGAAUUCGCGUGUGAAGAGAGAAACGGAGGACAAAAUAACCGCAUUAAUUCCCUAGAUCCUGAAAAUAUUCAAUUAGAACACGGUAUUGAAGAAAUCGAAGAUGAUAGUGGAGACGACGAAAGUGAAGUCAAUCAAGAUAUUUUAAAUGCUAAUAUCGCGGCAUUAAGUUAUAGUAAUAAUUAUUACAAUAACAAUAAUAAUUACCACUAUUAUAACUACAACUUGAAUUACAAUCAACACCUUUACGAACAAUCCCAAUCUAAAACGCAAACGCUAAUACGUCAGCUGAAACGGCGCACUUUACAUGAAAUCUUACAACGACCGGUUCUUAUACAAAUCGUGGCACUUUUCAUGUGGUUUCACGGAAAAUUCUGGAAAUUUUAUUAUGAGACACUGACUCGAAGAUUACAGUGAGAUAAGAAGAAGAAGACACGGAACUUUGUGGUCGUCAGAAACCAGAAAUACUAAUUUUUGCGUUGAGGGCUUUUGUUGCACAUUAAAAACUUGCUGCUCCAGGGCCGAAUUCACUUUUCAACCAAUGUUAUGUGGAAGGAUUCUUCAGAUAUUUUACAGCUUUUUAUAUCACCAACUUCUUCAAGAAGCAGAGUAUAAAGGACAUCUUGACGACCGCUCUUGUGAAUGUUGCAAAUUUAUAUCAACAAGAAUGUAGAUAUACAUUUCUAUUUACUUUCCGUGCGUUUUCAAACUAAUUUUAUAUACAUAUUUACUAACAAAACUUACUCAUAUUAAUUGUUCAAAAUAUUUCUUUUAAAUGCUUAUUCAAAAAAAAAAAAAAAAAAAAAAAAAAA